AUGAAAGAGGAAGUGUGUGACGGCGAUAUAAUAACAGGGAGGGCGAUGGCAACAAACAGAAGCGGUGCGGCUCAGAGGCCAAACGGAGCGCCUCAAACGAAAGUGUGUCAGUUCAAAUUGGUUCUACUCGGCGAGUCGGCUGUGGGCAAAUCCUCGCUCGUGCUGCGUUUCGUUAAGGGACAGUUCCAUGAAUACCAGGAGAGUACCAUCGGUGCGGCAUUCCUUACGCAGACAUUGUGCUUAGAUGACACGACCGUUAAGUUUGAGAUCUGGGACACAGCGGGGCAAGAGAGGUAUCACAGCUUAGCGCCGAUGUACUACAGAGGCGCGCAAGCGGCAAUCGUAGUCUACGAUAUAACUAAUCAGGACACAUUCGGGCGCGCGAAGAACUGGGUGAAGGAGCUCCAGAGGCAGGCGUCACCGUCCAUCGUGAUCGCGCUGGCGGGCAACAAGAGUGACCUGGCCGCCAAGAGGAUGGUCGAGUUCGAGGAGGCGCAGGCCUAUGCGGACGAGAACGGUCUGCUCUUCAUGGAGACCAGCGCGAAGACCGCCAUGAAUGUGAACGAUAUAUUUCUAGCUAUCGCCAACAAGUUACCAAAGAGCGAGAGCGCGGGCGGCGGCGCGGCGGGCGGCGCGCGUCGCCUCAACGACGCCGACGCGCCGCGCGCCUCCUCCUGCUGCAAG